AUGCGGUCGCUUCUGAAGGCGCCACUUUUGCUUCUGGCCUCCAUGGCCGCGAUGCUGUCUCCGGUUACCGGCGAGGACAUGCUCGUGUCCAAUUCUCUCAACAACUGUCAAGACGACUCUAGCUUUACAGCCAGUCUCUUCAAUGUUGUUUAUACCCCAAACAACAACUCCGCGACCGUCCAGGUUGUCGCCACAUCAUCCGUCCAGGGCUACGUACUUUUCGACCUGGCUAUUUCCGCCUAUGGUUACACCUUUCUGAGGAAAACUGUUGAUCCUUGUGAGAUGAAGCUGGGCGGUCUGUGCCCCAUGGUUGCCGGAAAGAUUCCCUUCGCCUUCAACCUGCCUGUCCCAGCCGACGCUGCUAAGCAGAUCCCCGGCAUCGCCUACAGUAUUCCCGACUUGGAUGCCACCGUUCGCGUCCAGAUCAACCUGACCAGGACCGACAACCCUCGAAGUAUUGCCUGUGUCGAGGCCGACAUUUCCAACGGCAAGACGGUCGACUUGCUGGGAGUCAAGUGGGCCACGGCUAUUAUUGCUGGUUUGGCCUUGAUAUCCUCUGCCGUUGUCAAUGGCCUCGGACACUCCAACACCGCCGCUCACGUUGCAGCUAACUCGCUCUCGCUCUUCGGCUACUUUCAGGGACAAGCAAUCCUUGGUCUCACCGGUGUUCACCUGCCCCCCAUCGUCCAGUCCUGGACCCAGGAUUUCCAAUGGUCUAUGGGUAUAAUCAAGGUCGGAUUCAUGCAAACCAUCUUCACCUGGUAUCAGCGAGCUACCGGUGGGACGCCGUCCACUAUUUUCGAUACUCUCACCACCGUCUCCGUCCAGGUUGAAAAGCGUGGUCUCGACUUGGCCGGCCACGGCCUCAAUCUUUUCAGGCGUGGUGCCGCCAUGAUGCCCAAGCCCAUCGUCGCCGCAGCCGGCCACGUCAUCAAGCGAAGCAACAUCAUGACCUCGUCUGGUGCUUAUAUUGUUUUUGGGAUUCAGCGUGUGGCUUUCCGCUCCAAGAUUGAAACAACCAACCUGUUCAUGACUGGGUUGACGUUCUUUUGCAUCUUCGUCGUCUUCACGAUCCUCGCCGUUGCCUGCUUCAAGGGAAUCUGCGAGCUCGCUGUAAAGCGCAAGUGGAUGGAAAGCGAUACUUUUCUCGAGUUCCGCAAUGGUUGGUUCACCGUCUUGAAGGGCAUUCUCUUCCGUGUGGCCCUUAUCGGUUUCCCUCAGAUGGCCAUCCUUUGCCUUUGGGAGUUUACCCAAGUCGACUCGGCAGCCGAGGUCGUGUUGGCUGUCUUCUUCUUCUUCGGUCUGGCCGCCACGCUGGGUUGGGGCGCAACCAAGGUUAUUCGCAUCGCUCGCCGUUCUGUCGCCAUGCACCGCAACCCUGCCUACAUAUUGUUCUCUGACCCCCAGGCUCUCAACAAGUGGGGAUUUCUGUACAUCCAAUUCCGUGCCUCAGCUUACUACUUUAUCGUUCCUGUUUUGGUAUACACACUGAUCAAGGCCAUGUUCGUCGCCUUUGCGCAGAAGAGCGGAGUAGCCCAGGCUGUUGGUUUCGUCAUCAUUGAGGCUGCUGCUCUUAUUGGGGCAUCAGUCCUUCGGCCUUGGAUGGACAAGCCCACCAACUCGUUUAACAUUGCCAUCUGCGUCGUCAACUUUCUCAACGCCAUUUUCCUGCUGAUCUUCUCUAAUGUGUUUGGUGCCCCUCAACUAGUCGUCGGAGUCGUCGGAGUCGUUCUCUUUGUCCUGAAUGCGGUUUUUGCGCUCGUCCUACUCCUCAUGGUUAUCAUUUCUACCACAGUCUCCUUGAUCCGCAAAAACCCAGACGCUCGCUAUCAAUACAUGGCCGACGACAGAGCUUCGUUUAUGAAGUCUCAAACGCACCUGACCACCACCACUGAGCUGGAUGCGCUUGCCGCGACUGCCCGAGGUGACAAGGCAGGCGGAUACAAGUCUCACUUGGACUUGGAGGAUGACAACGAGUCGUUAUCGUCCGAUGACCUUCGUCGCCGAGCUGCUGGCCAGAAUUCAUCCGCCACAGCGUCCCAACACUCUUUCCAAGGACAGCAUGGGCCUCGGUCGCCCGUCAAUCCAUCCAUGCCACUUUUCCCUGCGAGCCAGCGUCCUGAGAGUCCGUUCCGCUCGGCCUCACCAAGCCCUUACAAUGGCAGUGGAUCUACCGCAGCUCAGCGAUCCAACAACAGUUCCAGUCCAGUUCCUGGAUACCGAUCACAAAACACGUCCAGUCCCUGGCAACGCGGCGCGGGCUAUGAGUAG